AUGAGUGAAAAAGAACCACUAUUAAAUACAUCUAACAAAUUACCCAUUGACAAUGAUACUGACAAUGAAAAUGAUAUUUUUUCUCAUUGGCGUCAAUAUUUCAAUGAGCAAAAAACUAAUGUUAAGAAUAAAAAGUUAGAUGAUGUGAUCAAAGAAAUGAAUAAAGAUAUUCCAAUAAGCGUUUUUCAAUUAUUUCGAUUUGCUGAUCGUAUUGAUGUUUUUCUUCUAAUAAUUACUCUGUGUCUCGUAUUGGUACAUGUUAUUUGUAUUCUUGCAAAUGUAAUACUUUUUGCUCGAAUUACAGGAUUAUUUGCCACAAGAUCAUUUGCUCUUGAUUGUCAUAAUCAAUAUAAAAAUAUCGAAUCUUCAAUUAUUAAUAAUAGUAUAUGUCCUUUUGGUAUUGAUCUUAAUUCAUUAAAUUAUGAUCGAUUACAUAAAUUUUGUCAUUAUGAUAAUAAAAUCAUUUCAUCAACAUUAUCUCCAUUAACACCUUUAUUUCGAGAAAAUGUUUUGAAUUUAGUUUAUUUAUUUUUUGGUUUUGGUAUUGUUACAUUUCUAUGUACUUUUAUUGAAUAUAUCUGUUCGACAAUUGCUACAAAACGACAAACAUCUCGUAUGAGUAUUUUACUCUUUCAAUCACUUAUUCAACGUAAUAUGAAAUAUUUGGAUACAAAUCAAACUACUCAAUAUAAUUCAAAGCUUUUUACAAAUAUUGAAAAGAUUAAAAAUGGGAUUGGCACUGAAUUCUUAGUAGUAAUUGGGCUUAUUUUAGUUAUGAUUUUCAGUUUUAUUAUAUCUUUUAUUCUCAAUUGGAAAUUAUCUUUAAUUAUGUCUUGUACAAUUCCAAUUGUUGUUGUUAGUUCAUUGACAUUUGCUAAGCUGAUCACAAAAGAAACACAAAAACAAUUAAAUACAUAUUCAAAAGCUGGACAAAUUGCUCAAGAAGUAUUUAGUUCAUUGAGAACUGUUUUUUCAUUCAAUGGAAGUAGAUAUCAACAAAAACAAUAUGAUAAAGAAUUAAAAUUAAAUGAAUGGUGUAUUGUUCGCAAGAAUGCUGCAUUUGGUGCUUAUAAUGGUUGGCUAUUUUUUAUAUCCUUUCUAGUUUAUUCAAUUGGUUUUACUUUUGGUUCUAUUCUUAUGUUUUCUGGAACUCAUCGUACACUGACGAUUAGUGAGAUUCUUAUUGUUGUAAAUAUAUUUGCACAAGCUUUAAAUCUUCUUGUUUCAAUUGGUCCUUUCUUCCAAUCGAUUUCAGAAGCUCAAGGUGCAGCUGCAUCCGUAUUUCGACUUAUUGAUGAAGUACAUGAUGAAAAUUUGAAUGGAAAGGAAAUAUUAGAAGAGAAUAUAUCGGAUGAAAAGUCAAUUUCUAACAUCAAUGGUGAUAUUGAAUUUGAUAAUGUUUGUUUUUCUUAUCCAUCGAGAGAAAAUGUAACAGCUUUAAAUAAUCUUAAAUUGAUUGCUCGUGUUAAUCAAACAACUGCUCUUGUAGGUUCAAGUGGUUGUGGAAAAAGUACAUGUGUAUCACUUCUUCUUCGUUACUAUGAACCUUCUUCAGGUAGAAUUAUGAUUGAUGGUCAAUCAAUUACAGAUUAUAAAAUCAAACAAUUUCGACAAAAUAUUGGAGUUGUUAGUCAAGAACCUAUUUUAUUUGGAAUGAGUAUUUAUGAAAAUAUUCGUUUUGGUAAAUUAAAUGCAACACGUACAGAAAUUGAACAAGCAGCAGAACAAGCUAAUGCACAUAAAUUUAUUAUGAAAUUACCAAAUAAAUAUGAAACAAUUGUUGGUGAACGUGGAAUACAAUUGAGUGGUGGUGAAAAACAACGUAUUGCAUUAGCUCGUGCACUUGUUAAACAACCCAGUAUUCUUUUAUUAGAUGAAGCAACAAGUGCACUUGAUAAUGUUAGUGAAAAAAUUGUUCAAGAAGCACUUGAUCGAGCAUGUAAAAAUCGUACAACAAUAGUUAUUGCUCAUCGUUUAACUACAAUUCAAAAUGCUGAUUAUAUUUAUGUAUUAGAUAAUGCAAAUAUAAUUGAAGAAGGUACACAUGAAAUAUUAAUGAGAAAAGAAGGAGGAAAAUAUCAAACAAUGGUUAAAAUGCAACAAUCUGAAAAAACAAUUAAUACACAAGAUGGUUUAAUGAAUAUGGCAACAGCUGAAGAUGAAGAACAAAUAUUGGAACGUAUUCGUCAAUUGAGUGAGACUGAAGCAAUUGAUAUAAAUCGGAGAAGUUUAAUAUCAACAAGAGAAAAAUUUGUCUUUGUUAGACUCUUGAAGAUGAAUAGUCCUGAAUGGAUAUUUAUCUUGAUUGGAUGUUUAACAUGUUUACUUGGUGGAUUACAUGGACCACUCUUAUCGAUUCUAUUUGCAAAAAUAAUUAAUGAAUUUAAUGAUUGUAAAUAUACUGAUAUACAUCGUCGAGUAUUAAUUACAAGUGGUUUAUUUAUUCUUAUCGGUGCUCUUUUUAUGAUUCUUCAUUUUUUUCAAUAUGUGACUUUUGGAAUCGCAGGAGCGAAAUUAGUUAGUCGAAUUCGUUCAAAAGCUUUUUCAUGUUUUCUUCGUCAAGAAGUGGCUUAUUUUGAUCGACCUGAAAAUAGUUCAGGUGCAAUAUGUAAUCAACUUUCUUCUAAUGCAGCUGCUAUUGAAGAUAUGGCUGGGACAAGGUUAGGUGUUAUUUGUCAAGCUUUAUCCAUGUCUACUUUUGGCAUCUUACUUGGCUUUUUUUACAAUUGGCAAUUAACAAUAACUAUAAUUAUUCCUUUCAUUAUUCUACUAAUCGCCAGUAUUAUACAAAUACGAUUGAGUUCAUGGUUAAAAACAGAAUCUGAUCUGAUUUAUAGUCAAGCUAGUACGCUUGCUGUUGAAGUUAUUAAUAAUAUGCGUACAGUAAAACAAUUAUCAGUGGAAAAUGAAGUCUUACGACAAUAUUCGAAUAUGAUUGAUCAAAUAUUAAGAAUGUCUUGGAAACCUGACAUAUUAUAUGCAGCAGUAUUUGCAUUGUAUUCGGCAUUGAGUCCAUUUACUUUGGGACUUUUAUAUUGGCGUGCUUUAAUUCUUGUUGAAAACAAUGAAUUGGAUAUGAAUAAUAUUGUUAUGAUUUCUGCUUUUGUAAUGUUUGCAUUACAAUCAUUAAAUGUUGUUGAAAUAUUAGCAAAUCGUAUUGGUGCAUCAUUUGCUGCUGCACAAGCAUUUUUUGAUUUAUUUGAUCGAAUACCAACUAUUGAUAAUGAAUCUAAUAAAGGAAAAGAAUUCACUAACUUUAGUGGAGAAACAGAAUUUAAUCAAGUUAAAUUUAUUUAUCCAAGUCGUCCAGCAGUUCUUGUUCUUAAUAAACUUCAAUUAUCUAUUAAAUCAGGUCAACGUAUAGCUCUUGUUGGUGCAUCUGGGUGUGGAAAAUCAACAAUAGUUCAAUUAUUAGAACGAUUUUAUGAUGUUACACAUGGAGAACUAAUUCUUGAUGGUGUUGAUAUUCGACAAUUAAAUCUUCAAUGGCUUCGUUCUCGUUUGGGUGUUGUUAGUCAAGAACCAAUUUUAUUUGACUUAACAAUUGCUGAAAAUAUAACAUAUGGAUUAGAAAAUAUACCAAUGGAUGAGAUUAUUCUUGCUGCAACUAAAGCUAAUAUUCAUGAAUUUAUUCAACAAUUACCUCUAGGAUAUAAAACAAAAGUUGGAGUAAAAGGUAGUUUUUUAUCAGGUGGUGAAAAACAACGUAUUGCUAUUGCUCGAGUUCUUAUUCGUCGACCAAAAAUAUUAUUAUUAGAUGAAGCUACAAGUGCUAUGGAUCCAUACAAUGAACAAAUAGUACAAGAAACUCUUGAUCAAGCUCAAAGAGAAGAUUCUAGUCGAACAUCAAUUAUUAUUGCACAUCGUCUUUCAACAAUACAUUCAUGUGAUUUAAUACAUGUGCUUGAAAUGGGUCGUAUAGUAGAAAGUGGUACUCACACAGAACUAAUACAAAAAGGUGGAAUUUAUUAUACAAUGUUAAAUACUCAAAACAACGUACAAUAA